ACCAUAUCACUCACUGUCUCACUCAAUCAGUCGGCCGCUGUUGCUCCCUGCUCUGCUCUGCUGGAGUAGGAGCAUGGGAAGUAGGAGUAGGUAGGUGGUAAAAGGGGAGGGAAUCAUCAUCGCUGAUCCCUCAUCUAGUGAACACGAUCUCCCUCACCAAUCAAAACACCUCUGAUGAAAACGGAUAGGACAGGAGGAGGAGGAGGGCACUGAACCAGACAGACACCUGUGACUGUGAGCUGCUGCUUCUUCUUCUUCUUCCCCGGACAUGAAUUCCAGCCGGAGCCUGCUCUCGUCGCCGCUCUUCCCCACCUCCUCUCCAAACUUCAGGUCCUCCCCAUCCCCCUCCCGCGCAUCAGUUCCGAUGAUACACGACAGCACGGGCAGAGCAUCCACGGCGUGCCACUACUCGCCCUCGCUCGUGGCCGAGGAGCAGCAGGCCCAUGGCUCUGUGGCUUUGAAGGGCGAGAAGGCCUUGCUGGAGUUCCUGCUGGACAUGGCCUUGGAGCAGCACACGGAAGGGAAGACUUUCAAAGGCGAAGACGGGGCAGAGGGCGAGUUCGAGAGCUAUCUGCGAGGCCUGCAGCGGCAAGUCAUUUACCAGCAGGCCUUUGGUCAAAAGAACAACUUUACCUCUGCAAUCACUUCAACUUCAACGCCAUCGGCAAAAUCAGUUCCAACUUUGGAUCUUAAGACAACCUCGGCAACCUUGAUGAAGGAGGUGGCCUUUUUGGCAGAUGGAUCAAGCCCUUCAACCACCCAGCUGAAUGUACCACCAACGCUUGCAACCAGUGUGGAGUCCACCCACCCGUACGAGAAGCUGCUGAGCAAUGGGCAAGUGUUUAUUCGGUCUACACGGUUGCUCGAGAGGAGAUCCAAGAAGCGGAAUGUUCCUCAGGCAUCAACAAGCAGUACUGAUGUUGUGCAGUGCAGUGUUGCUGAUUCAAAGAAGAAAGAGAAGCCAAAGAAGUAUGGCAGGGUUCUCGGUCCAGAUGAACCCUUCAGGUUGUUCCUACGAGACCGCGAGACGACAGAGUUCUUGACGGCAAAGGAAGAGAGACACCUGUUCAGUCAAAUACAGAACCUUAUGAAACUAGAGGAGGCUCAGCGUAGGCUAGAAGCACAGUGUGGCCGCGAGCCGACGCUUCCGGAGUGGGCUCAGGCCGUAGGAAUGAGCUGCAAGGAACUGCAGUCGUCCAUACACAUGGGAAGGCGCUGCAGGGAGAAGAUGGCCCGCUCCAACUUCCGCCUUGUGAUACACGUAGCUAGGAAAUACCAGGGAUAUGGCCUUGACAUUGAGGACCUAGUUCAGGACGGAUGCUGUGGGUUGAUGAAAACCUUCGAGAAAUUCAAUCCAAGCAAGGGAUGCAGGUUCCCCACGUAUGCGUACUGGUGGAUACGCCAAGCGAUCAAAAAGUCUAUCUUCAAGCAUUCGAGACUGAUUCGGUUGCCGGAGAGUGUGUAUGCACGUCUGAAAAAGGUGGGGAAAGCAAGGCUGGAGUGCAUCUUAGAAGGGGAGCAGCCUACUAACCAAAAUGUAGCUAGGCGUGCGGGCAUCACGAUCGAGAAGCUGGCGAAACUCAAAGCGAAGACCAGAAAGCCACGAUCAAUGCAGGAUCAAGUCUGGUCCAACGACGCUGUCACCUUCCAGGAGAUCACGGAGGACCCGAACAUCGAUCCGCCGGACCUGGUGGUGGACAGGAUUAUGAUGAGGCAGCAGGUGCGCGAGUUCCUGGGCAUCCUGACCACGAGGGAGAAGGAGAUCAUCGAGCACCGGUUCGGGAUCUACGACGGCGAGCCCAAGACGCUCCACGUGAUCGGGGACAUGUACGGCCUGUCCAAGGAGCGGAUCCGGCAGCUCCAGAACCGGGCGCUGGACAAGCUCAAGAGGAGCGUGUCCACGCAGGGGUUCCACGUCUACUUGGACCUGCUGACCUCCAACGGCUAGCUAGGCAGCGCCUCGUUUGCUCUCGGCUCAAUUGUUCAUUCAUACAAAAGGGAACACACAUGUAUGUAUGUAUGUAUGUAUGUAGCCUAAGAAGCUAGAACCCCACUGACAUGUGCAAGCCUCCUAGCUAGAGCUGAAGCAGAAAACACACAACACACACUUUCAGAGUUUCAGUGCCAUGUUUUUUUGCAGAGUGUAAGUAAUUAAAAAUUUCGCAGCAAAUUAAGAUGGUGGUA